AUGAAGGGGGAUGUCACUGAGGAGCUUGACCGUGAGCUCUCUAAGAGGGUCAGAAGGGUGUAUGGGAGUAUAUCUGCUAACAACUUCCUGCGUUAUCCAGGCGGCAAGAGCACUGUGAAGGCACUCGAUCUUACAGGUAACUAUGUCUACAUCAUGAUGCGGACUAUUUCGGAUAGAUGCUUUGUAAUUCACAUUGACGUUGAGGCAUCUGAUGGGAGGAAUAUCCGCAUAUCUCUCUCUAAUAUAGAUGACAUGUUUGUUAUGUUCGAGGUUUCGGAUUCGUAA